AUGGCAAAGCGUUUUAAUUUUAGUUACAAAGUAGUUCAUCCCCCGGAUGGACAAUAUGGUGGUCCCAAAGAAGAUGGAUCAUGGACAGGAAUGGUUGGCAUGAUCAUGCGAGGAGAAAUAGACAUUGCCGCAGCUCCUUUUACGAUCACUUCUAUAAGGGAAUCCGUCAUUGAUUUUACUGUACCAAUAAUGGAGGACGGUGUGGGAAUCUUAACUAAGAAAAUCACCGAGGAACCUUACAAAUUGUUUAAAACACUAAAGCCCUUUACACUUAAAGUAUGGGGCGCCAUUGGGAUGAUAUCUUUUUCAAUAGCUGUAGAUCCACGCCCGAGCGCUCCUUCAGGAAGAGUUAUGUUGGGAUUUUGGUGGGUGUUUACCAUAUUGAUGUUAGCAAGCUAUACAGCAAACCUCGCUGCAUAUUUGACUGUCAGUAUUACUGUGCAGCCGAUUAACAGCUUGGCGGAACUCAUUGACCAAGACAAAAUAAAACCUUUGGUGAAGACUGGAACUAGCCUCCAUACGCUUUUUCAAGUAAUUAAAAUUUCAAUAGUUAAAUAA